AUGGCGUCACCUCCAAUUUUAUCCUUGGCUCUUCCAUUAAAUACGGUAGAGUUCUCAGCAUUCAAUCUCACACAGUUCAGAUGUGGAUCCAAUCAAUUCAGUACAGUUCUCAAAUCAUACAGGGUACCCGACAUUAAGGGUCAAGUUCUAAAUGGACGAGAAUUGUUGGAUUUAAUAGAAGGCCUUGAAGAAAAUAAUUUAUUAUACUACACUCAUUUAUUAACAGGUUAUAUUGGCUCUGUUUCUUUUUUAAACUCUGUAUUGGAAGUUGUAGACAAGCUACGCUCUAUUAAUCCAAGUCUUAUUUAUGUUUGUGAUCCAGUGAUGGGUGAUGAGGGAAAGCUCUAUGUCCCCGAAGAUCUGGCAUCAGUAUAUCGCGAAAAGGUUGUCCCGGUGGCUUCAAUGAUGACUCCUAACCAAUUCGAAGCAGAACUGUUGACUAAAUUGAGGAUUGGUUCUGAAACAGAUGGUCGGGAAGCAUGCAACAUUCUUCAUGCUGCUGGGCCUUCAAAGGAACAAGCUCCUCAGCAGUUUAAGAUUGUAAUACCAAGAAUUCCUGCAUAUUUUACGGUACGCAAAAUUUUCUUGCGAUCACUUGUACUUCUUACCCAUCCUAUUAAUCCUGCACCUUUACAAGAGUGGAGCUUAAGAGCUUUAGGUUUAAGCCUUGAAUCACACAUCUUUGAGCUGCUUGAGGGCAAAGUUGAGCUAUUUGUUGUGCAUGGAAAGCAUAAACAGAAUGCUUAUACUGCCAAAGGUGCAAAGUGCAUAAAAAGCGUUUGCUUUAGUGAAGGUGCAUUUUUUUUUGUAUGUAUGAUUGCACAUGUGUUAUCUUUUACUGUUUGUACUUCAUUCUUCGUCUACCGACUAUGCACAUUGGAAACUAUGUUGAUGAACAACCAUAUUUUUAGGAACAGGAGAUCUAAUGACGCACUUCUACUUGGGUGGAGUAAUAAAUAUCCCGACAACCUUGAUAGGGCAGCGGAGCUUGCAGUAUCCAGUUUGCAGGCACUUUUGGUGAGGACAGUGAAUGAUUAUACAAGUGUGGGAUUUGAUUCGAAAUCGGGCAGCUUAGAGAUUCAGUUAAUUCAGAGUCAGGAUGACAUCCGGAACCCGAAAUUGACAUUUAGAGCUAAAAAAUACACCUGAAAGGUAAUACAUGAUCAAUGAUGUGUAUCGAAGUAACAAUGAUCCUCUUGUUUUUUAGUAAAAGGUAUAAUGCUAUACAAAGUUUAUACCAUUGUGUUAGAAUAAA